AAAGCGAGCAUUGCCAUUGCAGACCUCAGCGCUGCACGGGCAUAAAGAGCGCAGGGGGGGUGGCCGCUCUCCCCCUCCCCUGGUCACACUGGGCGGAUCUAUCAGGGGACCACCUCCCGCGGCCCCCUCUCAUUGGCUGUUUGCAGACCCCCGCGGCUCCUGGCCUGUCAGUUAAAUGGAGCGCUGAUGAGAGCGCGAUUGCCAUUGACAAAAGCGUUGAGGGGACCCAAGCGGCGCAGAGGGACCGAGAGCCAGCUCCAAGGACGCGGGAGGGGACGAGGCGGCUGAAGCUGCGGCGUAGGUGGCGGCGGAAGGCGCGCUCUCUGCAGAGGACUGUUUUUCUUCCCGGCCGGCGGUCUCCUGCGUUAGCCCUUUGGACAAUGCGAGCGGCAGGCGCGGCAGAGGGAAGAGGAGCCCAGCAGGGCUGACGGACGGAGCCGAUCAGUGGCGAGACGGUGGAGGGGCGGGGGCUGCAGAGUGGUGGGGGGAGGGGAGUCUACAUGCUGGGAGAAAGAAGAGUUCCCCUGCUGCUCCACCACCCCCGCGCCCAGCCUUCGGCGGCUCUGAAGAUGGGCGCCUCUUCGCCUUCGCCAGGUGUCUCGGCCGAGCUUCCGCCCCGGGAUGGACCGUGAUGAGUCCCACAGAAGGAGGACAGCAUCGCCGGCGGCACCACCACCACCACCACCACCUUCUCCCGCAGCGGCUGUAAUGGAGACGGGGGGCCAUGCCAGAUCGGCUCCUCCGCAGAGGGCAGGCGGAGGAGGCGAGCUCCCAGCUGCUGGCGCGGCAGCCGUGGCUGCGGCUCCUGCAAAUGGGAAGGGCAUGAAUAUGGAUGGGCCAAGUGGCGGCAGCCCGGCGGACAAGGACCUUGCCGUCGUGCCCAAAGGAGGCAGAGCCGCUGCCCCUCCGCCCCGCCUGCCUUAUGCCAAGGAUCCCAAGCUGGUCCACCAGCGCUUCCUGCGGAGGAGUGUGGUCGACUCCGACCAGGAGGAGCCCACCUUCGAGCCCUCGGAGCCGGAGCAGCAGAAGAAGAUCAUCCUCUUAUCCAAAACCAGGAGGAUCAUUGCCGAGAGGGUCAAAGCGGGCCAGCGGCUGGUGGAAGAGAAGGGAGAAGAGGCCGCCCCGCAGGCUGAGGGGUUAGUGGCCGAAGCGCUCCCGGCCGGCGGCCCACUGCAGGAGAGCAGCAAGGAUGCCGAGAGGAAAGAGGUGCCGGAGCCCAAAGAGCAGAGCAAGGCCAAGAAAGAGGAGGCCGAGGAGGAGGAGGAGGAGGACGACAUGAAAGCCGUGGCCACCUCUUUGGACGGCCGGUUUUUAAAGUUUGAUAUCGAGCUGGGAAGGGGGUCUUUCAAGACCGUCUACAAAGGAUUAGACACCGAGACCUGGGUGGAAGUGGCUUGGUGCGAACUUCAGGACAGAAAGCUGACAAAAGCAGAAAGGCAGAGGUUUAAAGAAGAAGCAGAGAUGUUGAAAGGUCUUCAACAUCCAAACAUUGUUAGGUUUUAUGACUUUUGGGAAUCAUGUUUAAAGGGAAAGAAAUGCAUUGUGCUGGUUACAGAAUUGAUGACCUCUGGAACUCUGAAAACAUAUUUGAAGAGAUUUAAAGUGAUGAAACCAAAAGUUCUUCGUAGCUGGUGCCGGCAAAUCCUGAAGGGUCUCCUUUUUCUGCACACCAGAACGCCCCCAAUCAUUCACAGAGACUUAAAAUGUGACAAUAUUUUUAUUACUGGACCAACUGGCUCUGUGAAGAUCGGUGACUUGGGUCUGGCAACUCUCAAAAGAGCUUCGUUUGCCAAAAGUGUCAUAGGUACUCCAGAAUUUAUGGCUCCAGAAAUGUAUGAAGAGCACUAUGAUGAAUCUGUGGAUGUAUAUGCUUUUGGAAUGUGUAUGUUGGAAAUGGCUACCUCAGAAUAUCCAUAUUCAGAAUGCCAGAAUGCUGCUCAAAUUUAUAGAAAAGUAACCUGUGGUGUCAAGCCAGCAAGUUUUGAUAAAGUUACUGAUCCUGAAAUUAAGGAGAUAAUUGGAGAGUGUAUUUGCAAAAACAAAGAAGAAAGAUAUGAAAUUAAAGAUUUACUAAGCCAUGCCUUUUUUGCUGAAGAUACUGGGGUAAGAGUGGAACUUGCUGAAGAAGAUGAUGGUAGGAAAUCCUCUAUUGCCUUAAGACUCUGGGUGGAAGAUCCUAAGAAGCUGAAAGGAAAACCCAAAGAUAAUGGAGCCAUUGAGUUUACUUUUGAUCUGGAGAAGGAAACUCCUGAUGAUAUUGCACAAGAAAUGGUUGAUGCUGGAUUUUUUCAUGAGAGCGAUGUUAAAAUAGUUGCAAAGUCAAUACGUGAUAGAGUAGCAUUAAUACUGUGGAGACGAGAUAGGAUUUGGCCUGUAUUACAAUCAGAAGAUCGUCGGGAUUCUGAGUGCUUAGAAAAACAGAAGGUCACACAAGCACAACAGGUUCAGGUUACGUACCUUUCACACGCUGGUCAUCACAUCCUAUCAGAACCAGAAGAACCUGAAGCUGACCAGCACCUUUCUCAGCAAAAUGUAUCCACAAGCAUUACUUCACUUGCAUCUGAUAGCACAUUUGACAGUGGUCAGGGAUCCACCGUGUAUUCAGACUCCCAGAGCAGCCAGCAAAGUGUAAUCUACUCAUCUAUGCCCGAUGCAAUACCUCCUAUUAUUCAGAGGGUUUACAGCCCACCUCUCAGUGAAAGCCAGGCAUUGCCACCUGGUCUUCAGCAGCUGGGACCCUACCAGCAGCCUUCAGUAUCCGGACUUCCAGUGGUUCAAGCUCCACCUGCUGUUGUCUCUCAGCGACCACAACAUUAUCAAGAACCAGCAAUCCCUUUCCCUGCUGUCCAUUCCACCACAGUUGUCCCUGCACAGAUGAGGCAACCCCAGCCUGUGUUAGCAAGCCAGCAGCAAUCUAUCCCACCUCCAGCUCCUUUACAACAAGUCCUAGCCAGCCAGCCCAUUUGUGCAGUACAGCAGCCCGCACCUCAUCUGUUGCCCCAGUAUCAAACUCCAACUUCUCAGGUGGUAGCUACCAGUGCAUCACUUGCCCCUCUACAGAUCCCCCCUGUGCAGCCACUGCAGCAAGUCCAACCUGGCCAGAUUCCUCAGUUUCCUGCCAUUCCUGCAGUUACUCCUCUUGCAGGACUUGAAACCCAUCCUCCAAACUUGCCUGAUAUUCCUGCUGCAAACGUACCCCCUAUACCUGCUCCUUCUCAGUAUUUCCCCCCAACGGUGAUUUUGCCGAACCUCCCCAUGAACUCUGCUCUGCCACUGACAUCCAGUUCUCCUGCCCUCCCCAUGCAAGCUGUCAACCUUCCUCAUUCUACUGUGGCUUCCUUAGUCAUGCCCUGCCAAACAAUUGUGCCAAAUAUGCCAUCUGCUCCAAUACCAUUACUUGCUGUGGCUCCUCCGGGAGUAUCAGCUUUGCCAACACAUCAUGCAGUAGCCCAGCUAUCCCAACAGCAAAUAUAUCAGGCUACUCUCCAGCAGAUAAUUCAGAAUGAAGCUCUUUCUUCUCCUCAUCACUCUCAGAACAUGCAAGCAGUUUCACAACAACAACAGCAGCUGCUGCCUCCACUUCCUCAGUCACUUCAACCAAGCAUAAUCCAUCCUUCAGAACAGGCUAUGUCUGCAUCUGGGGCUGGUAAUCAGAUCAUUGGACACCCUCAAUAUGCUGUGGAUUCUGGAGCCCAGGUGCCUACGUUGCCACUGCAGCCUUCUGCAGUUAUGUCACCACCCUUGCAGUUACAGCCUGAAUCAUUGCCUCCCUGCAUUGGUCCUGAAGGUCUUGCACAAAACCUCCUUGCUACAGCUAAAGCAGCAAUGCCUAUAGAUCAUGGUCUGCCUCUCCAGUCUACUGGUUAUCUGCAAUCUCAGCCAGAUAAUAAUCAGCCACUGGCCCAGGGUCCAACUGUAUGCCCAGUUAUCCCAGAAUCUUCUCAAGAGGAGCGUGCAGUACUGGAGAAGCAGCAAACACUAUCCCAGAGUUGUGAAAGCUAUAUGAGUGCUGAUGUCGCUUCUGGUAAAGAGAUGAGCGACAGUUUUGAAGGAACAAGUGGAAGUGGAAAGCAAGAGGCCAAACCUUCGAAGAAACACAAGAAAUCAACACGUACUCGUUCUCGACAGGAAAAGACCAACAAGCCUAAACUAACAAUCUUAAAUGUAUGCAACACAGGUGAUAAGAUGGUAGAAUGUCAGCUGGAAACACACAAUCACAAAAUGGUCACAUUUAAGUUUGAUUUAGAUGGUGAUGCUCCAGAAGAAAUUGCUACUUAUAUGGUAGAAAAUGAAUUUAUAUUACCAACUGAGAAAGAAAUAUUUAUUGAGCAACUAAAAGAAAUCAUUGACAAAGCAGAAGAUAUGCUUAGUGAAGAUACAGAAGGAGAACGAAGCUCUGAUCAGGGAACAAGCCCUCAGCAAGAUGCUUUCAGGCUGGAAAUCAAUGAGGAAAAUCGGCAAUCCCAAGCAAGAAUGCCAGUGUAUCAACAGAAUGUUCUACAUACAGGAAAACGAUGGUUUAUUAUUUGCCCUGUUGUGGAAAAUCCUGCUACUGAAAUACCAGAAAUUUCUCCACCUGUCCCUCAAACUACAGAACAGAUUGAAGCUCCAGAUCCGGAGCAGUUAAAUGAUCAGCAACAAAACUCUACAGUGGCAGACAAACAAAAUAAUGUUGCUUAUCACCAGCUUUCUAGUCAAAAGAGUACCUAUGAAAGCCCCAGAGGAACACCGCCUCCUUCCCCACUGACACAAGUUCCUGCUGCUGCGUCAUCUUCCCUGUCACAGAGCCAGGCAGAAACAGCAGCAGCAUCUCUCCCACCAACAGCUCCACUUCCUCUAGAACAGGCUGCUGAAACUAUAGGCCAAGCAGAAUGCUCUCGGCCACAUUCUGCUUUACACAGUCAGCCUAGCAGUCCUUCCCACACUGCAACUUCAGCUGAGGAUCAUUGUGAUGCUCAGCUUCCAGUGAAUCCCCCUAUGCAGGCACUCCCGCGAAUAGAUGAAAAUGCUGGUGUCCCUGAUGCAGAGGCUGAACGUUGCGCUGCUGGCCUGCCAAAGUUGAUUCAGCCCAUUCCUGCAAAGGCAGCAGAAGUCUGCCCACUCUCAGUUGUCUCUGAUGCUACUAUUUUGGAACAGCAGCCUCCAACACAAAUCCCUCAUUUGUCAGACAGCAGUCAGCCUAAUCUAAUUCAGCAUUCUUUUGGAGGUCAGAUGAUUCCAGGGUCGGCUGUUCCUGAUCCUCUGAUUUUGGCAGCACCUCAGCUUUCAAGUCCUCCCCAUACUUCAGUAGCUGCAUCCCAGCUGCCCAUAAUGCCAACCCAAGCUCAGUCUGUUCCAGGCACCGGCCUUACUGGCAAUGCACCCCAACCACCCUGUGCAGUGGAGUCAGAUGGUGAAGGACCACCUAGGGUUGAUUUUGCUGAUAACACAAUAAAAAGUUUGGACGAGAAACUGCGCAACCUUCUUUACCAAGAGUGUGUUCUAACUUCAUCUGCAUCUGCAGCAACACCUGACAACUUUGUCCCCUUGGACCAGGGGGAUGGUGAAUUUAAUCUGGCUUCCCUGGAUUUGAAAGAACUAAGUUGUAAAGUCCCAAGCACUGGCAAGGAUGUUAAUGCUGAGGACCAGUCUACACCCAGUGCAACUUCUAAAGUGAAAAAAUCAGAAGAUAUUUGCACCAGCAUCCAUCCUUCUGAAAAAAGUCAUGAGUCAACAGGUAAAGCAGGCCAAGCUACAUACAUUACUUCAAAUUCUGUUGCUCUAACAUCCCAACUCGCUCAGGUUACUUUUUCAUCAUCAAAUCUAAAUGACCAGAAAGAAGCUUGUAAAAUGAAUACAAAUGCGAAAUUGGUAAAAUUACUUGAAGAGGAGAGAAAUAAAUCUCAAAGAGAUGACUCUGUGGAUUCCAGCUUUCACGGAAAUCAGGCUGAAACACAAAAUAGUACACCAGCAAAAACUAUUGGGAGAUUUUCAGUGAUCAGCACACAGGAUGAGUUGACUUUACCAUCCUUGCAUUUAUUGAGGUACUCUGCACCACCAGAUGUUUAUCUGGAUGAUCAGCCUUCUAGUCCUGAUACAAAGACCUCUUUUCGGCGAACGCAGACAACAUCUUCUAUUGAUGUCCUUUGUGGUCAUGAUUCUAGUGAUACUGAAGAUGAGUCCUUUCAGAGAAAACCAGCUGCUCCUCCACAGUCACCUCAGAGCAGUAGUGCAGGAAAUGAUCAUGCAAAAAAGGCCUCAUCUUUUCUGCAGAAGUCUGGAAAGUCAAGUUCACAAGGCCUUGAUUCCCCUAAUGGCCAUGGAACAAAAAUCCCAACUAUCAACAUAACUUCUUUCCACUCCCAGUCAUCAUAUGUAAGCAGUGACAAUGACUCAGAGUUUGAAGAUGCAGAUAUGAAGAAAGAAUUGCAGAACCUUAGAGAAAAACAUUUGAAAGAAAUUGCUGAGCUGCAGACUCAACAGAAGAGAGAAAUAGAAGCCCUGUACAUGCGUCUGGGAAAACCCCUGCCACCUAAUGUGGGAUUCCUUCACUCUGCUCCACCAAGUGGCCGCCGAAGAAGAACCAGCAAGAAUAAAUUAAAAACUGGAAAAUUAUUAAACCCUGUACUUCAGCAGCUCAAAACAACAACCUCUCAUACAAGCAAUGUAUCAGACUGCAAAGACACACUGGCUAAAGAAAAUGCUCACACUCAGACUGGUUCUACUGAAGCAACUGCACUAACUUCAUCCACAUCAGCCAUACUUGGAAAGUCAGUUCAGACACAGCAGCCCUGCUCUGUCAAGGCCUCCUUGUCCACUGACAUCUGUUCUGGAUUAGCCACUGAAGGAGGUGAUAUCCAUGGAAAUUCUGGCCAAGGCUGGACGGUUUUCCACCAAACGUCUGAGAGAGUGACCUAUAAAUCUAGUAGCAAACCUCGUACCAGAUUCCUCAGUGGACCUGUGUCUUUGUCCAUCUGGUCCACCCUGAAACGACUAUGUCUAGGCAAAGAUCACAGUAGUAGAUCAUCAACCAACAGUCUGGUAGCAUGUCCAGACCCUCUUCCACAAACAGCACUACAGGUGCAGGUCCAAGCAAACAACAGUAACAACAAGAAAGGAACUUUCACAGAUGAUCUCCACAAGCUGGUGGAUCAAUGGACAAGCAAAACAGUGGGAGUUGUACAAGCAAAACCAUCCUUAAAUCAACUGAAGCAGAACCAAAAGCGGCAAGACAUGGAGCCUAAAGCUAAUCCGAUGCAGACACAGAAUGAGAUGUGUGGAGUUAAUUCAGUCAGAACAGGAAUGGGGGACAAGUGCAUUGUUCCAGUGUCUUGCCCAGUUCCAGCAGCAUUAACUCCUGGAGUUUCACCAUCCCUACCAGUGCCUAUGCCAGGUACUACCCUUUCUGGCACAGUAAAAUCUUUUGUGAUGCCUCUUUGUCAAUAUGGAGGACUUUUCCCUACACCAAUUUUUGGAGUGCAGUGGUCUGGCCUGACAGCACAGCCUGGAAUUGUGGGAGGCCAGAGCAUGGCAUGCUGUCCAGUUCUUGAAAAAACUGGCUUGCCAUUGUUUCCAGGACCAGUGCCGCAACCUGUUGUCACCCCGCCAGGCCCACACUUAAGAAUAACCUAGCUUUGUUGCUUCUGGAUGCCUAGGGGUUAUUUCCAGAUUGUGAGUGUUGAGUAUUUGAGCCCAAAGGAGUCUCUGUUUACCUGCUGACUCUCAGUUCAGGCCUACUAGUGCACACAGCCAUGUGCUGCGUCAGGCAAUCACUGUGAAAUGAUUUCACACUGCUAAGUUUGUUGUUGUGGCAAUACUUGCUUCUCGGCCAUUGCUGAAGACACUUUGUUUUGUGUUCCAGUGUUUGAAAAUGCAACCUUUACAGUACACUUACUUGAAUUGAUGGUUAGAGGACUGUAUUAAUCCAGAGUAUAGUGCCUUGAAUUCAAGCUUUUCAGUUUUAUCUGGAAAGAUGUUUUUAAAAAAAGACAGACAAGUGUAUAUUUACAAUUUGCUUGUGUGAAGUUAAAUUUUUAAUUUGCAGUAUACAAAUAUUUGUGUAUAUAAUUGGAAGUUUACAUUUGACACUCUUGAGAAAUUUUGUUCUAUUUUCUCCUGUAAGUGCUUUUAUUCUAACUGGUCGUUGCAAUGUUUACAGGAGAAGUUACUGAUCAAAGUCUUCUUUUAUUUGAAUGAAAAGUAAUGAAAUGAGUAACUUGAUUUUUUUAAAGGACUAAUUACAGGAGCCUGAAAGUAAGUUGAAUAUUAUGUAUGUAGGGAAUAGCUUUGGGCAGUGCAAUUUGUUAUGCAGUCUUUCAGGAAAAACUAUUGUAUAUAUAAACUUGCAUUUUCCUGUAAAACAGCAAAAUGGCAGGGAAAUGUUUCCUCUCCUUUUGUUUAGCAGUAAGAUUUCUUCUAUUCAGAAUAGAUGUAAUUAAGUUGCAUUACGGAUCCAUGCAUGUUUCAUAUGUGAAAUAAACCUAAUCAAAAUAUUGAUUAUAGGAGAGCCAAUCCCAAAGUUCUAAUAAGAAAUGUGUACAAUACGGAACUUUCCUUGCACAUACUCUGCCUUUAUCCCAUCAGUGGUCUUAGUCCAGAACAAUUCUUGUCACUGAAGUGCUUAUAGUUUUCUGAAACAGAACUAAAUGUGAAGUUCUCUUUUAAGUUGAGCAAUGAGUUGUUUGAUGUUUAGUCACACUUGAUCCACAGUUUUAACUGUAGGUAGAAUGUUUUCCAUCUUUCAUGUCUGACUUGGGGGAGGGAAUGCCUUCCUUACUACAUAUAGAAAUUAUAUCAUCACCUGCAAUUCUAAACGUGAAAGGUAACUACUAAGAUUGAUUUGCAGCCUGGUAAGUCUCAAUUAAUUUGGGCAAAAAAAGUGACAAACAUAAUGGUACAAUUGACAAAACCAUGACAACAGACAAAUGAAGGUAUGCUGUUGCUGCUCUCUCUCUCUCUCUCUCUCUCUCUCUCUCUCUCUCUCUCUCUCUCUCUCUCUCUCUCUGCCAGUGAUAAUUUUGAUCUGUUUUCCAAACAGGCAGAGCUGUUGAUCUGUAAACUGUAUGGUUCUGUUGUACUUUGAGCAUUAAGGACUGUCUGAAAUAUUUUGUUGGUACUGUCUGAAAUAUUUUGCUUAUAUUCCAUCAAUUCAAUAUUCCAUCAGAAUUGAAUUUUGUAAAACAUGAUGCAGAGCCCUCUGUCUGGGCAAAAUGUAGUAAGAGAUUUCUGUUCUCUGUAACAUGCAUUUUUCUUUUGUUUGAGACUUUAUUUUAGAUUUCAUGUAUGUAUGCUUUAUGAGCAAAAUAUGGAAAAUCUGAUCUCACUUCUCCCACCUUGGCUUGCACUGAACCUAUAAGUUGUUUGCUAUUGCCCAUUGUAUGGUUCAUCCCUUUGUAUACUGACAGUCAGUGGCACUUAUCCCUUUCCCCUCAAGACACUGUAUAUAUUAAAGAGAAGAAAAAUAAACAUUUUUGUGCUUGAAAAAAUUGCAAAAAAAAAAUAAACCCAAGUGUGCUGCUAAGAUUCUCAGAUAUUACAUGUAUGUCUGGUUACCCAAAUUGAUACAGUACUUUGUUUCCAUCCCAAAAUGUUACCCAAAAUGGUGAGGGGCUGUCCCUUUUAGGUUGGGAAAUUAGCAAGAGCAGACCUUUGAAUUAAAGAGGAAUCAAGCAAGCUCAGAAUCUUUGUUGUCUAUGUAUACUGGAAGCUGCCUCUGCAGGAGAGGGAAAUGAAGUUUGACAAUUUGGUCCAAGGAAAAAUCAUAAACAUAUAAUCAUGUGGUAUCAUACAUGCCCUGUUGACAAUAUUUACUUUUUUAAAAGGCACUAUAUCCAAUACUAGCUGUAGUUAAAAUUACUGAGGGACCUGAAGAGUAUUUCUGUAAUUACAGGUUCUCACAGGAUUAGUGAUAAAGAUUGUGUGAGCAAUCAACAGUGGUUGAUUACUACCAAUAUUUUAAACAGUGUUUUAAAUGCUACAGCAAAUGAAAUGCAAACAGAAACAUUUUGCAGCAUGUACAAAAGAGAGACGCUUAGAUAUGGGCAGUUUUCCAGUGGCAGGAUGUUCCACUAGGACUGUCAGUUCUAUGUUGGAAAAAAGAAUUGGGGGGGGGGGGAUGGGAAAGCCUGGAGAGGCAAAACUUGGGGAGGAAAAAAAAGCUUAUUGCAAUAUAAUACCAUGAGCAUCUCCAAAAGCAGCCAUUUUUUUCCAGGGCAAUUGGUCUUUGUCAUCUGGAGAGCCGUGUAAUUCUAGGAUAUCUUAGAGAGGUUCAUAACCCUAACAGGGAAGAGGGAAUCUCUUUCUUGUUUAAAUAUAGGAAAGUCUCUGCCUAUAUAAAUGUAGUAAAAGCCUUGUUAUACUCCACUGGGACAGGAUUUAGUAUGUGGUUUCUAUCCGCCAUUUUAACCAGUAUCUAUAUAAUUGGCAGGGGGAUUACUUAUAGACUGUAUCCAUUUUAAAAUUUAUCUACAAUUUGAAACUUUUUAAAGUUAUCCCAAAGUUCCUAGAGAUAUAAUAUUUUUGGAACUUUUGAAGCCACAGAGUGUUCACCUUUUUUCUGUAAAAAAAUGGAAAGAGGGGGAGGUGCCUCCAGAAGUAAUCUUUUGGAAGUCCCCUGCCCAAAAGAUAUCUGACUGGCUCAACCAGUGCCAGGGCUUUUUCAACCCUGGCCUGGUGAAACUCUCUGUCACUUGAGACUAGGGCCUUGCGAGAAGUAGUAUGAUUCUAAUGGACCUACAAGGCAGAGAUGUUCUGCCAGGCCUAUGGUUGAAGGAGUUGGCCCUCUGCCAUCCUCCUGGUCUCCCCCCUCCCAUCCCCUUUCCCUCUUUUUUCCCUUCCCUCCCCCUUGCCAUCUCCCUUUCUUCUCUUCCUGUAUCUUCUUUUCCCUUAUUCCUCUCCUUGUCUUUCCCUUCCAUAUUUGGUUCUCUCCUCCCUUUUAUUCUUCCCUUCCCAUCUUCCCUCUCCUUUUAGUGAGUAAAUUGGAUGGGGGUGCAUGGGUGGGAUGAGCUACAUUUACAGUAGCUAGAAUUUUGAAUUAUAUCCCUGUUAGGAAACAGAAUGGAAAAUGAUGAAGUGUUAAAUUUUUGUUUAUUUAUAUUUUUAAUUGUUUAUUCAUUAACUUAAGUCAUUUUAAAUUUGUUUAUUGCAUUAUAUUAAUUAUGGAUGUUUCUGCCCUGAGCUUGGCUUUUGGCUGGGGUAGGGUAAGGUAGAAAUUAAAUAAAAGUAAAGGGUGUGGGUUGUUGAAAUGUGUGCAGCAUCUAUUUUAUAAUCAGGACUAAACUUACUUUAUUGCUUUAUGAACAGGAUGAGAAUGUGUAGUUUGCUGUUAGAUAUAAUUAAAUACAUAAAAGUACUGUUCAAUAUUUUUAUGAUAUUUAAAAUAUUUGUUUUAUUCACACAGUCAUGUUACAAAUCAAGCAACAAGCUGUAACCAGAGGUACCUAAGAGAUCUUAGUCAGUGCAACAGGGAAAAAAACCACAUGAGAAUAAGUGUUAAAAACAGAACCCAUCACCUUUGUAAUAAAUAAAGGAAGUUUUUUAAAAAUUA